GCUUGUGCAUUUUAGUGGAAAUGUAGGUUUGAAGGUCGGUGCAUGAUCUUUCAAAACAGUUCAUGAUAGAGCUUUUUUUUUAGCCUCAUUGGUUGCUUGAAGUCAGAAAAACACUGAGUUAACUGGAUUCCCUUGUUUGGAUGGAUGUAUUUAGGAAUCAUUAUGGAUUUUUAACUGUUCAAACGUCUUAAAAAUCUGUAACAACUGGCGAUUUUCACGCCCAAAAUGAGUGAACACAGAAUCAUCACUUUCGAAGGAGCUGUUUGGUAUUUUAUUAUUGGCUGGAUUUAGAAUUAUGAAGUCAGGUUCAAAAAACGGUUGGAGUUCUCUCAUGUCAUUUCGGGUGGGAAGGAAAUCUGCAGUACGCUUUUCUUUGUUCCCCAAAGUUCGGUCAGCUGGUCAAACAUCAGGAAAUGCACCUGUUUAUCUAAACGUGUAUGACUUGACUCCCUUGAAUGGUUAUGUUUAUUGGGCAGGCCUUGGCAUAUUCCACUCUGGGGUUGAAGUUUAUGGUGUGGAGUAUGCAUUUGGGGCGCACGACUAUGCAACAAGCGGAGUUUUUGAGGUUGAGCCUAAGCAAUGCCCAGGCUUCAGAUUUAGGAAGUCUAUAUUCAUGGGUACGACUUGUCUCGAUCCAAUUCAGGUCAGAGAGUUUAUGGAACAUCAUUCUACAAACUACAAUGGGGAUACAUAUCAUUUAAUUAUUAAGAACUGCAACCAUUUCUGUAAGGACGUCUGCUACAAGUUGACUGGAAAUUCUAUUCCAAAAUGGGUGAAUCGGCUUGCAAGGAUAGGUUCUUUGUGCAAUUGCCUCCUUCCAGAGGCCAUGAAAGUUUCUACAAUCCGCCAUGAUCCUGAUUCAACCUACGAGGAGAAGACGCGGCUCAAGAGCUCUUUCGGCUGCCUAUCUUCGAUUUCAUUGCGUCAGAGACAGUUAUCUUCUUCCUCUCUGCUACUGCCUUCGCCGCUGAAAGGUUGCCUUACUCCAUGGGAGUUAAGAAAGUCUGCUUCUAUCCGGUUGAAAAACAGGUGAAAAAGAACCUUUCAAUCUAAUUUAGUAUCCUUUCUAGAGCGUAUUUGUUGAUAUUGGUUAGUCUUUUUCAUCAUCCCUCCUUCAAAAACAGCAUCAAGUGGCUGUCAAUCUUGUAUCAAUCUUCAACUGGAGAAUUGUUUAUUUUUCAUUUCUUGAUCGUUUAGGUAGCUUUUCUUUUGUAUUUUAGAAACAUUUGAGCUUUACUAAGUGACUGUGUGGAUGAUGAUUUCUUUUCAAU